CCGAGCUCUCCUCAGUGGUAGCAGAAGGGGAAGCCUCUCACCAACAAAUGGCGUCCCUCCAGUGCGGAGCAGCUGAUUUCCUACCGAGCACGGCAGCACGAACGGUGGAGAGGUAAACACACCGCCCCCGGAUUUCUUUGCAACAAGAUAGCCUCUUGUAAUAUGCAGGAUUGGUGUAGCAGUGACGGCUGUACGUGGCGCACUCUUCAGUAAUCGACAUUAGACCGUUGUUCCGGGUGGAGCUAGCCUACAAACAGUCCUACCGCCAUGCAAAACAGAUAGGAGACUGUCAGCUGCAGCUUGUGCUUCCCCUCUGGUUUGCUUGUUUAUCUUCGCUGCUUCCCACCUCGCCGUCGGUGUUAGUGGUUCACCCGGGCCUGAUCUCAGGCGCUGAAAGGCAACAGUAGCAGGUCAAAUGUUUCCAUCCCGACUUUGGAGGGACACAUAAUGAACAUGGGCAUCACCCCUUCAGAGAUAUCCUCCGCCUGACCGGUCGGCCGUCUCUUCGUUAAUCCCAUUCGGGAGAUCAUCUUUUCAACCCUUGCCUGAGGUGACACCAUCAAGACGGCGUUAUCACAGAAAGCCAGCUCUGUGGCGGUGAAGAUGACCACGGCACGGUACCGUCCCACCUGGGAGCUGGCCGUGGACCCCCUGGUCUCGUGUAAGCUGUGCCUUGGAGAGUUCCCUCUGGAGCAGAUGACCACCAUCACACAGUGCCAAUGUGUCUUCUGUACACUGUGCCUGAAGCAGUAUGUGGAACUCCUGAUUAAAGAAGGCCUUGAAACUGCAAUUAGCUGUCCAGACUCUGCUUGUCCCAAAAGAGGACACUUGCUGGAAAAUGAGAUUGAGUGCCUGGUGGCCACUGAGAUGAUGCAGAAAUACAAGAAGCUUCAGUUCGAAAGGGAGGUGCUGCUGGACCCGUGCCGGACGUGGUGCCCUUCCUCAACCUGCCAGGCCGUGUGCCAACUGAAGGAAGCUGAUUCUCCUGCGCGGCCCCAGCUGGUCCAAUGCACCGUCUGUGCCCUCGAGUUCUGCUCGACCUGCAAGGCCAACUGGCACCCCGGACAGGCCUGCCAAGAGAACAACCUGCCCAUUACCUCCUUCCUACCAGGAGAAAACAGCUCUUUCUAUAAGAAUGAAGAGGAUGACGCACCAAUCAAGCGCUGUCCUAAAUGUAAAGUUUACAUUGAGAGGGAUGAGGGCUGUGCACAGAUGAUGUGCAAGAACUGCAAACAUGCCUUCUGCUGGUACUGUUUGGAGUCCCUGGAUGAUGACUUUCUCCUGAUCCACUAUGACAAAGGACCCUGUCGGAACAAACUGGGCCACUCCAGGGCGUCUGUUAUCUGGCACAGAACACAGGUUGUGGGGAUCUUUGCUGGCUUUGGCCUGCUCCUGCUGGUUGCCUCCCCCUUCCUCCUUCUGGCCACUCCCAUCGUCCUCUGCUGCAAGUGCAAGUGCAGCAAAGGUGAUGACGACCCAUUGCCAACCUAAACACGCCAUCAGAGCAGGAGCAGAGAGGCGCUUCAUGGAUGGGCCGUGUUUUUUUCUUUUCUUUUCACCCUUUUACAUUAUUCUCCUCCCAACAGCUUUGAGUGCUUAAUUUUUGGGGGGGGCUGAGUCUGCACCAGCACCAGCCACUUUGGGAUCCAUCGCUCUGCAUAAGAGAGGCAUGGUAGAAAUGCGACCCUACACCUUGGCUUGAAGGGAGGUGAAGGGUAAAUGGUCAGAGGAAGUCAGACUUUUCUAAGGACCACGGGUGCCGUGUGUUAGACGUUGGUAGUUUGGAGACGCAAAGGAACUCUGGCCCACAUCAAGUGGUCCUUAGUUGCAGAUAACUGUGGCAUGGACUAAAAACAACGGAAAAAAUCAAAGUUAAGAAAGGCUUUUCUCUUGUAUGAACAAUGUAAUGCAGGAGCCACCAUAGAACUUUUAGUUAAUUGCUCUGUUUUGUCAGUUUGUCAAACGCAACAACAGCUUUUCCCCAUCACCACACUCAAUGUAGCUCUACAGAUUCAGUCAGUAGCAUUAGAGUUACACCACGCAUGUUUGGUGUUCACUUGAUUUGCACAUGGAACAUGAUUCUUACGUCAUGCUCAAGACUGAGGUAGAGAUGGGAGGCUGUUACUGAACGCAAUGUAGAGCACGUCCUCUUGAUGAUGUCAAUGUUUUAUAACCUGUUGCUUUUAAUAGAACUGUGCUCAGAGUAGUGUCUAUGUUGUACUUUUGAGUGUUUUCCAAACUGCAAGGUACACUUAAAGGGGAUUGCCACUCAAAUUUAAAACAAUACUAAUAUCUAUGGUCAAGUGACAAUGAACACCACUUUUGUUCAACAUUUAGCUUUUUCAUUAUUACCAAUACCAUCUUUUCAAAUUCAUUCUCUCUCUCCAGGUGUGUGUGUGGGGUCAUAAAUCUCAUUGAUCUUAAACCAGAAAUUAAGUGGUACUCCCCUUUAAGUUCAACAUUAAUUUAAAGUCUAUUAAAGGACUUUUUGGCCACAUGUUGUGGACCCAUUUUAAUACUACUAAAGAGAUGUCACUCCUGUAAUUGUCAGUCCCCAGGUGGUGGUUUAGCCAAAUAGAAAUGAAUAGCCUUACAUUGAGAUUAGCCAAAAUUCAGCAUUUUCCCCUGUGCAUUAAAGAGUAAAAGUCCAAAUAAUCCCAGGGAAAGCAUGUUCAACAGCAUUUAGAGCAUUACAGACAGGUUAGUGAAACCCUUUAUAUUCAGAUGAUUCUAUGAUGUCAUCCAUAUGCCACACUGUUAAUAGCCAUACAGUAAACAAAAAGAUGAAUAAAAACAAACUAAACUGAUGUUUUGUGUGACCUAGAGCCUGUAUUUCCUACGCCUUUUUGAGCAGAAGAGCUGCAUCAUAACAUACAAUCUUUAGCUUAACUCAGAUCAGAUCGCCCACUUUGAGAUUUAGCAAAUACCUGGCCAAAUUGCAAACUUGCAUAUGUUAGUGGUCCGAGUGUUGGUCGUUAGACCUCCAACAACAAGCAGCUGUUCCCUGCAGGGGCGUCAGAAAAGCCUGUAGAGUAAAUAUAAAAAGUUCCGUUUUUGGGCACAGAAUUAUAAAGCUGCUUUGUACUAUAUCACUUUAUCUAUGCAAGUUUGUACAUUACCAUUCUUAAAAGGCUGGUGAUUUAUCAAACAACUGUCUGUCAUAAGUAGGUUUAUAUAGUGGAAGCUGUAGAAUGAAUCACCAUAUAUUUGCAUAUCAUAGAUUUUAUUUUACCAAGGAGUUUUUCCUGAAACUAUUCAUAUUUUUUCAUCUUCUAUGUUGCUGUUAUCCAUCUGCUUUUAGCUAUAUUUAAUGUUUCUGAGCUUGAAAACCAGGAUAGAGGUUGGCCAUUGUUCAUUUUUUGGGGUAUCUUUGUUCCUUUAC